AUGCAUACCAACUACAUUUUCUCGGCUCUUGCCCUAGCUCUUCCCGUAUACUCGCUUAGCUCCACCGCUGGUAUGGGUUGCUUCUCCGAAGUCGAAUCGUUCAAAAACCAGGGUCCGUACACAUAUCAAUCACUAGGAUAUUGCGAAGCCCAAUGCACAGGGAAAGAUUUCAAGGUCGCAGCUCUGAGCCGUGGCAACAUGUGCUAUUGCGGCAAUAAAGUCCCCUCGGACUCCGUUAAGAUCGCCGACGAUAAGUGCGAUGUGCGCUGCCCUGGAUACGCCGCUCAAAACUGCGGUGGUAUGGAGACUUUCACCGUAAUCCAGGCGGCUGAGAACGUCAAAGCCGCUGGUUCCGAAAACGGCACCACUACUAUUGAACCCACUGCUGCCACCGCAGCUGGCGGAAUCAUCGUCGCACCCUCGACAGCCAGCUCAUCAACUGGUAUCGCGACCGCGGCAUCAAAGAGUGCCAACGCUUUUUCUAAUUCUGCCUCUGGCGCUGUCGCAACUGCCUCCCCCACGCCCACGGAUAACGCGGCCGGAACAGUCCGCGCGGGAUCAUCGCUCCUCGGCGCUGUUAUUGCGGGCAUGAGCUUGCUUCUGUGA